AUGGCGGCCUUGAGCAGAUUCAUCUCCGGACUCUCCGACAAAUAUCACGCCUUCUUCAGAACCCUCAAAAAUCCAAAGGACUUCCAGUGGACAGAAGAGUGCGAAUCCGCUCUCCAUAAGCUAAAGGCGCAUCUCACCACUCCUCCUCACCUAUCCAAGCCACUACUCGGUGCGGUCUUGCUGUUAUAUCUAGCAGUCUCGGAACACGCCGUAAGCGUCGUCCUAAUACGCGAGGAGGGAAGCAAGCAUCUACCAAUCUACUACGUAAGCAAGGCUCUCCUGGAUGCGGACACCCGCUAUUGCCAUCUAGAGAAACUGGCCUUAGCUCGUAAGCUACGACCCUACUUCCAGGCUCACCCAAUCGUGGCCGUCACCUCCUUCCCUAUAAAGUUGGUUCUCCACAAACCCAAAGUCUCCGAACGCCUAGCUAAAUGGGCUUUGGAAUUAGGGGAGUACGACGUAAUCUUUCGACCUGCCACAGCUUUAAAGUCACAGGUCCUAGCAGACUUCGUGGCUGAAUUCUCCCCAGCUUUACUCCCAGCUUUGGAGCAAGAAGUAUGCCUUCGAAGCGAAACCAAUGAAGAGGGAGAAUGGAUCCUGCACGUUGAUGGAUCCAGCAACGUUAGAGGAGCCGGAUUGGGAAUAGUGCUUACCUCGCUGACAGGGAACACGGCCUCAAGGGCCAUGAGAUGCAACUUCAAAGCAACCAACAACGAAAGCGAGUACGAGGCCCUAAUCGCAGGACUAACUCUCACCCAUCAAAUGGGGGCUGAAAAAAUCCAGGUCUUCGGCGACUCCCAGCUAAUAAUCAACCAAGUACAGGGAGAGUACCAAGCUAAAGACGACAGCAUGAUCCAAUAUCUGGCAGUCGCCCAGCGGCUGAUCAAGAAGUUCAAGAGUUGCAAGCUCACUCAAAUCCCCCGAAAACAAAACUCACAAGCCGAUGCCCUGGCUAAUUUGGGGUCCGCUCUCGAAACACACAGCCAGAUGAGCAUACCCUUGCUUGUGCUUCAAUGGCCAACCACCCUGGAGGAACCCCCGUCAGAGGAGGUCUCCGCUGUCGAAGAAGGCGAAACCUGGAUGACCCCCCUAGUCCGGUAUCUAGAGACUGACAUUCUCCCGGAAAAUAGUAACGAGGCCAGAAAAAUUAUGAAGCAAGCCGUAAGGUACUGUAUCUCUCAGAAGAAGCUAUACCGGAGAUCCUUCUCUCGCCCGUACCUAAGGUGUGCCACACCUCGAGAAGCCGCUGGAAUCCUUGUAGAACUACAUGAAGGAGAUUGUGGAUCCCACUCUAGCGGUAGAAACCUAGUGCUCAGAGCCAGAAGGGCAGGUUACUACUGGCCCACGAUGGCCGCCGACGCCGACAUACAAACCAAACACUGCGACCAGUGUCAGAGGCACGCUCCAGUUUCUAAGCUUCCUCCGGAGAACCUCAAGUCCAUAAGUUCACCGUGGCCCUUCAGAAAGUGGGGCAUGGACAUAGUAGGGAAAUUUCCUAUGGUGCCGGGGCAGAAGGUCUUCCUUCUGGUAGUCACUGACUACUUCUCCAAAUGGGUCAAAGCAGAAGCACUCAGUCGGACAACAGACCUCCAGAUCCUCAAAUUCCUGUGGACCUACGUAAUCACUCGGUUCGGGGUCCCCCACGAGAUCGUCACCGACAAUUGA